UACUGUGUUAUUCUCACUUAUUUGUAUGAUUCUGGCUGGCUGUCCAACUUUGGAAUUGGCUGUUCUUGGGCUUUUUAAAAAUGGCUCUGGACCAGAACAGGUUAAUGAUAGUGUGCUAUUAACUGGUUCUCAAUACUAAAAUAUUCUCAAGGUUGUCUGACUGGAUCUGUUAAUUUUAAAAUCAGUUUUAUUUAUUAAAAUGCCAUAAUGGGCUGUUCAGCUUUUACCCCUCCCAUGAAAUCCUGUUUGGUUUACUGUUGCAAACAGUUCUACUGCAGUAAAUAAAUUAUUUGUGUGUUUUAAGGCAGAAGGGUUUAGCCCAGCAUGUGUGGAUCCUGCUGUGAUUUCACCGUACUUGCUUUUUCUACUGAGCUGGCUAGCCUUGAAUUCACACCAUUGUCUCUGCCAUAGACAUGCAGUGUUUCUAAAUCAGCAGUGCUGUCUUUCUGCAGCUUUUUCACAGUGACUUCUUUGGCAACGACAAGGCCUGUGCUUUGGACAGCUACAUUGCAGCAGUGUAUGAGCACUCAGUUAUAUUAUCAGAGGACACCAAAAUACCUGUUUCUCCUGAAGAUGCUUUGAUGCUGAUGAACAAAAACAUGGAUGUUUUGGAAGGGGCCAUCAAAGCAGCAGCCCUGCAGGGUGCACGUAUUAUUGUGACUCCUGAAGAUGGUAUUUACGGCUGGCUUUUCACAAGAGAAACCAUUUAUCCCUAUCUUGAGGACAUCCCAGAUCCACAGGUGAACUGGAUUCCAUGUACUGACCCUGACAGAUUUGCUCCUGCACCAGUGCAGGAAAGACUCAGCUGCAUGGCUAGGAGCAAUGCGAUCUAUGUGGUUGCCAAUAUUGGGGACAAGAAGCCAUGUAAUUCCAGUGAUCCCAAAUGCCCCAGCGAUGGUCACUAUCAGUAUAAUACUGAUGUUGUGUUUGAUUCAGAAGGGAAAUUGGUGGCACGCUACCAUAAGUAUAACCUCUUUGUGACAGAAACUCAGUUUGAUUACCCUAAGGAGCCAGAGUUUGUCACCUUCAAUACAUCCUUUGGAAAGUUUGGCAUUUUCACUUGUGCGGACAUACUUUUCCAUGAUCCUGCUGUGGUCCUGGUGAGCAAGUUACAAGUGGACACCGUGUUGUUCCCAACAGCUUGGAUGAAUACUCUACCACUUUUGUCUGCUUGUCAGUUCCACUCUGCGUGGGCUAUGGGAAUGGGUGUCAAUUUUCUUUCAGCGAAUAUAUGCAACUCCAGUUUAGAUAUAACAGGGAGUGGCAUCUAUGCACCAAAUGUACCCAGAGCAUUUCAUUACAAUACAGAAACAGAAAGCGGUCACCUCCUGGUUACAGAGCUGAGUUCACACCCUCGUCUUUCUCCCACUUACCCUAUUGCUGUCAACUGGAGCUCGUAUGCCACAAGCAUCAAACGAUUCUCACCAGAUGGCCAUGAUUUCAGUGGAGUCAUUUACUUUGAUCUGUUCACCUUCACUGAACUCGCUAAGCCUGAAGGAAACCGUACAGUUUGCCAGAAAGACCUUUGCUGUCAUUUGAGCUACAGGAUGGCGGAGAAGCGAGAAGAUGAAGUAUAUGUCUUAGGUGCUUUUGAUGGCCUCCAUGUUGUUGAAGGAGAAUACUAUUUGCAGAUAUGCACACUACUGAAGUGUAAAAGCACAGACUUGAAAACUUGCGGGCAGCCAGUGGCUACUGCUCACACCAGCUUUGACACAUUCUCUCUCAGUGGCACAUUUGGCACUAGCUACAUCUUUCCAGAAGUCUUGCUCACUGGGGUUCAACUGGCGCCUGGUGAAUUUCAGGUAUUAAGUGAUGGACGUCUGAUAAACCAGAAUGGCACUUCUAAACCAGUCUUGUCAGUGACACUCUUUGGGAGGUGGUAUGAAAAGGACCCCCCACACCCACAACAGGCUUUCCCAUGAUGUGGCUAUUGAUGCAUUUCUCAGAAUAGGAACAUCCUAUAAUGUUAAUCUGUGUUAACUACAGUCAUUAUCUACUAUCUUAUUUUUCAUAUUCUGUAAUCUAAAUAUAUUCUGUCUAGUCAGUGCAUGUUACAUUAUUGACACAAUUCCAUUACAAAACCAAUUAACUGGACAGCAGUUCUGCAUCUUUAUUAACUGUUAGCCUCUUCUUGCUACUGGCUUGAUUUUGCUGCCAUUCAAACUGAGAGAAAAACUUCCACUAACUUUAAUAUGGCGGGAUCCAGUUCUUUAUCAGCAGAUAUUGGCCUGAGCAACAAAACUCACCUUAGAACCUGGAUUUUUACCCCUUAAAAUGUUUACUUUGGGAGCUAGGGUAGAGGUCACCUCUGGGUUUUUGUUCAGGCCCAUGUCUAAACAAAACUGUUGAUAAAUCAGAGAUUCAUGUACAUUAUUAAUUAGAUCCAUUCUUCUGAGUUGUCAAUCCAAUACCUUCCACGAGUACUGUAAUUAUUUUGAAAAAGCGAAAAAAUUGACAUCCUUCAAUUAGAUAAUGUAGUUACAUUUUCAGAUUAACAUUCCUUUUAAUAGACUAUCCCAUCACACCAAAUUAUAGUUUCAAAUGAUUCUGUUUUCCAUAUACAAUGCAUUUUCCCUGAGCAUUGUACAUCAUGAGCAUAUUUUAAGUAUGUGGUAAAUAUGCUUAUUUUUAAAAUGGCAAUACUGUAGUUGUGCUAUAGUUUUCAAACAGUGAUCUGUACCCAUGCUAAAAGUCCUGAAAAUGCCAGGAAAUGUGCAAUAAUGUUCAUGCAGGUCUAUGUACCCUCAGUAUUUCUAAUGCACCCAUCACUAUCAAAAUAGCAAGAUAGAAAAGAUUUGGGUGUGUUCUGUUGAAUGUUCUGUGUUUUUUAGGGUCCUACAUAUACUUAAUUUGACUUGUUUUAGUUGUUCUGGUGUAGUCAGGGUACUCGUGUGUAACUUCAGAUGGAUAAGUGUUCACAUGAGUGGGACCUAUACUUUACUGGAAGUGGGACAUGUGAACUUCCUUUUUCUGGAGUGAUUUAAAUUGGGUGUUUAGUUUUUGAUUCGGUUACUUUUCAAAGUGAAUUUAAAAUAUCAGUAUCCAUUUUCUUAUUAUAAUAAAUGCAAUUGUUGAAGAUUAAAAAACCCUGCAUUCAGAUUGUAGUCUUCAGCAAUUUUUACUUCUGUUUUUAUUUUGCAGAUGUACUUAAUCAGGUAUUCAACUAUUGCACAUGUGACCCAGGUUAAACGUCAUAAGAUAUAAUCACGUUUUAGUCUGUAUGCUGUCACUAACGUACAACCAUCCUACAUAAUUCCAAAGGCAGCCAUAAUAAAGAGAAUGGGAAAGA